UAUAAAUUGAUAAUUUCAUUCCAUGAUCUUUUUGAUAAGUCUAAUUUGUGCUGUUUAUUCAAAUCGAUUCUUGGCUCCAGAUGAAGAUCUUAAAAAUAAUCCUUAAUGUUAUGGUUCUAUAUUUGAUGCAGGAUCUUCAGGAACAAGAGUAUACAUUUAUUAAUGGAAUUGCAGAAAAGAAUGGACAUUACCUAUGGUUAACCUUAGUGAAACAGUAAUUGAUUUAUUUAAUUAAUAAAAAGUCUAAUAAUGAAAAGUAAUCGCCUGGCCUUGCUACAUUUGCUAAUGAUUUGGAUGGAAUUUAAAAUUACUUAAAUCCUCUUAUUGAAUUCAUAUAUAAAGUUGUACCCAAAAAUGUGUAUAAGUAUACUCCUAUAAUGCUUGGAGCCACUGCUGGAUUAAGAUAAUUAUCAUAAAUAUAAUAAAAUGAAAUCAUAGCAACUGUCUAAUAAAUAUUCUAGAAAACCUAACUUUACUACAACGAAUCAUGGGUUAGAGUUAUCACUGGAUAAGAGGAAGUAAAUAUUUAUACCAUUUUUUUAGGGAAUGUACAUGUGGAUGUCUGUUUUUUAUUUGCUUAAUUAAAAUGUUAAGAACCUUUUGACAAUGGAUUUAGGAGGAGCAUCAACUCAAAAUGCAUUUCCUUAUAAUGCAACUGGCCCAGAUUUUGUUCUUUUAAAUGUUAAUCCGAACGUUACUAAUUUUUCAUUAUAUGCUGUAUCUUAUUUAGGUUAUGGAAAUGAUUAAGCUAGAAUAAGUGUUUUAAAAUUAUCAAUUCAAGGAGAUAAUGAUGUAAUAUACUCUCCUUGUUUUUUUAAAGGCUAUUCUGCAAAUACAAUUAUUGAUAAUAAAAAUUAUACAAUAAAUGGAACAGGAAGUUUAGAAUUGUGUCAAAAUUUAAUUUUAUAAUUAUUAAAUACUACUUAAAAUACUAGCAUUAAUUAAAGCUAUGAACCUCCUGUAGUUGGAUCAACAGUUUAUGGGACUAAUGGAAUUUAUACAAUGGCCGACUUCUUUAACCUUACAUCUUUUACAAAAGAUAGUUAUUAUAAUAAACUGUAGGAUUUGACAGGUCUAACUUGGGAAUAAGCUAAUUAAACUUAUCCUAAAAACCCCUACUUAAGUACAUAGUUUUUCAUGGCUACCUAUGUUUAUUCUUUAAUUUAUAAUGGAUAUAACAUUCCUAGUGAUACAACAGUGUAAGCUCCUGCUUCUAUUAAUGGAGUUUCUCCUAGUUGGACUCUAGCUGCCUGUUCGUAUCAAUUAGCCUAAAUUAAUUGUACAGAUGAUAGUCCUAUAUGUCAAUUCAAUGCUUAUUCAUCCAUUUUAGUUAUUUUUUAUGUACUAGCCUUAGGAUUUCUGAAUUGAUUAUGAUAUUCAAUAAAUAU